CCGGUUGCACUCCGCCGUGGUGAGACUUCAGAGUCAACUACUGCCGGAUAUGGAGGACGUGAUCACAGGCAAGCGACUCCAAAGGAGAGGGCUCGCAGCUUCUUCUACGAUGACUCCGAGGAUGGCUGGGAACAGGUUGGAUGACUUGACGGCUGUCAAGGGGGGAGUGUUGGAGAAGAAGCUGUACAUGGUAACCUGUUUGGCUACGGCUAGAUUUUGAAAAAGAUGUACAUGCUAAAGUAGCAGUACUGAGAGGUAGGACCAGCCUUCUUUUCACCUUGUCAGGUUAGCUCCUGUUAGGUGACGCUGCUGUCCGAUCUUCCUUUAGCUCAAGGACUGAGCUUUAGGCUCACAAGUGGCCAGACGCUCGACGCUGGCUGCUGGUUGGGAAAGGGUGUUGCUGCUUGGCCUCUUGGGUGGGAACACUGAAAGCGGACCUGACCAAAGAACAGAAACAAACCAAGGGCAAAGUUGCUGGUGAAGAUCAGACAGCUUUCAGCUUGGAGUGCAUGGCCAAAAGAGGCAAGCAAAGCCACAAUGAGCGCCUCGACAAACUAAAACCGCAAGGCAUGACAAACUACAGGGCGCCACAAGCAGACCACAAAGCACUACCCACAGGCGCCUGAAAGGGAUCCCAAAGCAUUGAGCAAUGCGCUCAGCUUUGGAUUUGGUGUUGUCUGUGAUUGCGCAGCAGCUGAUGGUUCUUUUCGGAGUCGGAAAGCAGAGCUUGCAAGCUACAAUGACACAGUUGGCGUUCGAAGGGACGCUGAUUGUCAUGAAGCCGACCUUCAAUGUCUUCAUCACCAUGAAUCCAGGCUAUGCGGGUCGCGCUGAGCUCCCCGACAACCUGGCCGCCUUGUUCAGACCCGUGGCGAUGAUGGUUUCCGACCAUGCCUUGAUCGGCGAGAUCACGUUCUAUGCCUACGGAUUUACGGACGCCAAGGUGUUGGCAAAAAAGAUGAUGACGACGUUUACUCUUUUGUCUGAGCAGCUCUCUUCGUUCCAUUACGACUACGGCAUGCCUGCUGUCAAGAGUACCAUCGAAAUGUGUGGUAAACUGAAGUGAGAGGUAGGUGACCUACCAGAAGACAUCACUCUGCGGAUGUGAAGGAUGAUCUGCCUCUUUUCCAGUAUAUGAAAUAUCUACAUCUCAGGCCUGUUCCCUGAAACAGACCGGCCUGUCGGCCUGUGGAGUAUGGCAACCUGACUCCGGUGAUGGAAGCUUGUGGAAAGGAUCCGAAGGACAUGCAACUCACCGAGAACUUCACCAAGGUCCAGCUGAAGUCCAGCUGAACACCGUGCUGGACGACAACAAAAAGCUCUGUCUCACUUCCGGUGAGAUCAUCUCGCUGACGCCACAGAUGAGGAUGGUCAAGUGGAAGACUUGUCGCUUGCCUCGUGGGACCUCCUGCUCUUGGCAAUGAGCCACUGGUUCAGAGAUGGGCGAGAAACUCAAAGAGCUCUGGUGCUACGUGUGACAACAAGGGGCGACAGAUCGUGAACGACAAGCUCUGGGAGAUGGUGAAAGAGAAAAGAGUGGAGGUGGGCGGCCUGGAGAGCAGCAUGGUCUGGUAGCUCUGGUAGCUCUGGUAUGACUACAUCUACGAGAUGGAGGCGCUUUACAGUGGCAAGCAGCAGAUGACUUUGGAGGACUGGUGUUACCGUGUCAUGAAACUGUCAAAGAAUUUUCGUCAUGCUUUGAGCUUUUGAAUGAUUGAAACGGUAGCGGCAUUUCGCCUGGAUCAUUUCUGGCUUUUAUGACACUGCGAGUUGGUCUCAAUGGACAUGGUUUUGUAUGUUUUUGUUCAAUCAUUCAUUCCAAAAAGAGGAUCUCCAAAGGUCGUGAAGUGUUUUGCACGUUGAUUGAAUCUGAUGCGCGCAGCUUGAUUGAAUUUUUCUCGACACCGCGAGUUGGUCUCAAUGGACAUGUUAUAUUUUUCAAUGAAUCAUUCAUUCAAAAGAAAAACAAGAAAGAUGGUCUUCAAAGUUUUGCAAGUCACAUUGAUUGAACCUGAUGCGUGC